CCGGUUUUAACCUCCUCUAAUAAAGUCGCCCACCAUGGCGGCUCCAGGAGGCACCUCGGCUUUGAUCGCCGCUUUCGCCUUUGGAAUUGUCGUCAACGGAGCGUCAGCAGCCCUUUUCCUUAAUGUCAAGGGCCAUGGAUCAACAAUAUUUCGGGAUGGCCUGGGGCUGGCCCUCACGAUAUUCCUUAUAAGCGCCGCCCUGUGGGCUCAGAUUGGAUUUAUUGCGACAACGAUCGACGUUACCUCGGCGUUGGCAUGCUCCAUCACCAGCAUAGUCACGGCGUUUUUCGACCAGCUUGCCCGUUUCUCGAUCGAGCAGUUUAUGCUAUGGGGGAUGAGAACCAAGAACAACUCUGGCACCAGCCAGCUGGUUCUGCAGUCCCUUCUCGCCGGCCGCUUUAUUGCCGGCGGCGUCUUCGUCGGUUUCGUCAGGCGACAGGAGCAGGCGGUCUGCGCGCCUGUCUCGUCACUGGUUCCUGUGUCGGUGACGGUCGUCGCGCUCGACGCCAUCAUCAUCGUCUCGCUGGCAGCGCGGGCAUUCAGUGUUGGGCUGGUGGAGGAUGCAAAGUCGGGCGUUGCACGCAGCAAGGCGAUUGUUUGGAUCCUCGUAGGGUUUGCCAUCUGGAGCGCGACGAGCGUUACGUUGCUCCUGGGAAUGCCGACUAUGGACCUUACCCUCCGAACCGCGCUGCCAGCCGCAGGUCUUACCUUGCUACUGAUUCUAGUAACUGGAUCGAUCGACUCCUUCUCGAGCACCCCAAGACAGCGCCAAUCCAGGCGCCCCGAAUCGCCUCGAAGGGAUCUGGGCACACGAGACCUCUCGACCUCUGACUCCCAGAGAUACCCGCCCAUGCGUUACGAGGACCUCAAACGCGAGCAAGUGACCAUGUCGGAGGCGUUCGCGCAGCCGAGGGAGGCCCCAGCACCCGCCGAGUCUGCUAGCAUGCCGCAAGGGGAUGGAGUCGUGAUUGGAAGGCAUGGAGUUCCGGUCCAGGGUGCUCUGUUUCCUCCUCUCAGGUCCGCCACCGAGCCCACUCUCCCUCAUCAGGCCGUGGCGCCGCAGCAGGGUAAGAGGUGCCUGUUCGACAUUAAGGGUGGCCCGGCCGCGGCCGUGACUGUGGGCGGAAGACUGGCGAUCUCGAACCCGAUCCUCGCAUCCGACAGCGAGACGAACCCGCUCAACAAGAUCCCCACCAUGGACCUGUCUGCCGCGGCCCGGCAAGACAAGGAGCGGAGGGAAAUGUGGGCCAGGAUGCAGAGGAAGUCGAUGCUCGUGGCAAGUCGGCCUGCCCCCCAGCCGCCAAGCAGCUUCGGGGAUGGCGGUGCGGUUCCGGUAACGAUGCUGUCACCGAUGCCUAUCGGGUCGGCCAAGACAUCCUCUGCACAGCUUUCUCCGGGUGGGGAGGAGCUCAGGAGGAGGUCGCCCCGUCAAUCGCCAGACCCUGUCGAGGCCGAGGCCGAAGGCCCCAAAUCUGCGCGUUCUGCUAGGGCGUCGUCGCCCCUGAGGCAGGAGAACUCGGAACUGGGAGCGCUAAGCCCGCCUCCUGCUCCGAAAUCUGCUACUGAUAAGCCCAGGGCGCCCUCUCCCCCGCGCCAAAAGCAGGCGCCCUUCCCCCUGCAAAGGAAAAAGAGCGAAGCACCCCCGAAGGUUAUUGGCGCGCCGACGGAGGCGGACCGGGCCACCAUGGCCCCCUCAGCAGGCCAGUUCCAAGCGCCAUUUUACGUGCCGAUCCGGCCCUCGAGACAACGCGCUGCCGAGACCUCCGAGGUUGUCCCAGAGCCGCAAGGGACUCCCCUGCAGCGGCGCCCGACCAUUGGUCUGCCUGGGAACCCCCGGGCUCGUGCGAUGACGACCACGGCGCCUGCCGCACCUGCGGUACCUGCAGCACCCGACGCGGAAAUUCGGACCAACCAGACCAUCAUGUUCAUCAACGAUAUUACCUACGACGACCCGUCGGUUGUGCAGAAGAUCAUCGACGGAGCGAAUACCGGAAAGGCCUUCGACAACGAGGCUCAGGAGAUGGAGCUUGGGCAAAUGUCUUCAAACUCGGUUGUCAACCGCCCAAGACCGAUACCUCGGAAGUCCGGGGGGGGCCGCGUCAUCUUCCCCGCCGACCAGUCGCCACGCCACCGCAGGACAAAGUCGGGCGGCUCGAUAGGGAGUAGGAAAUCGAUUCUCCAGGGCUACCCCGGGGACCCAACACAACUGCCUCCCCUGCCACCGCCGCCGAAGAGCGCCGGCGGGCUCACCUUCUCGAGGCCGCACCCCAACGACACCAAGAGCAUGACCUUUAACGAGAAGAUGAAUAUGUUCUACCCCUCGGGUCUGACCAACAGGAGGAGGUCGUCUGUGCCGGAAAUACCCACUGUCCCGACUGUGCCGCCGUCAAACUUCUUUGAUAUGAGCGAGGUAGAGACACAGGCCCAUGAGGAGGCAGGAUCACGGACAACCAAGAGCUCUUUCAAGACCGAGAGUGUUCUUGACGUCGACGAGCUCACUCAAGGACUAGGACAAGGUCGGAUCACCCGGGACUCGGCGCGGUCUGGUGGGCGGGGCGAGAUCGACAGCGUUUGGAUUGCUGGAAUAUCAGGAGACGAGAGUCGGAACAAGCGACCAUCGGUGCGCGACGCGGCGAAGCGGGCGUCGUCGCCAGUUCUCCCGCCAGCCCGGGAAUCCCUGUGGGCAGAGAGCGUGACUAUGGACGCCAAAACCCCGACCGACGUCGGAACCACUGCCUGGGGCUCUGUCCAUUCGCCCGUGGCGCCUGUGAACAUCCAGAGGAUGGCUCAACCACCGAAGAGCACCUACAUCCGCGCCAAGCACCAAGAUGUGCCCGCAGUUCUCUCGAUGGAUGCCAUAGUCAGGGAAGAUGACCGAGAGCCAAUCCAUAUGACUCUAGAUACCUCGAUCGAUUCGUCGACUGAUGCGUCGACGGAGGCCUCGCCGCAGACGCCCGUUGGAGCGGACGAGGACUUUAUGCUCUCCAGCAACGUCUUUCCCAUGUGGCACAAACGGGUUGGCGACGACCUGCUGACCUUCUCGGAGCGGAAGGAGAAGAUGCGAUCACGGAUGCCGCCUCCGACCCCGCUGCUCCUCCGUGCGCCGUCGACAAGGAACCCCGUGGUUGUCAAGGCCGCUGAGCCGUCACCGCUGGAGUCGCCGGACCACGCGCUCCAGCUGAUCCAAGCGCAGCUUCAGCGGAUAGAUCAGUCCAACCGAGACUCGGUCGGCAGCCAGGGAACCCGCCGUCUGGAGCUUUUGGAUAACCUCGAGAAGGAGAUGGACCAGUGGAGAUACACGAAGCACGACCUGCUGAGAGAGGCGCGGGACUCGCUCUCGACAAUCCGCAGCUCACCGAGCAUCGACUCGCGGCCACCGUCGUUGAUGAAGAGCCCGGCGCCCCCGCCGGCGCCUCCCAAGAGCGGCUCGAUGGAUGCGGCCAAGCACGCGAGCGUCAUCAUGGCGGAGCGCAGGGCGGCACGACGAGAGCUGCUGCGAAGCGCCAGCAACGUGCCGUCCAAGUCGGGAGAAUCCUCGGUUCCUGCUCGUAGCCCGGCCAACCCGGCGAAAUCAGUGGCGUCGUCGUGGCAGCAGCGCCUGGCUGAGGCACAGACGGAGUUCGCGGAGCACGCCCCGGAGCUCCUGGCCACACGCAAGGAGAACUUCCUCGCGCUUACCCAAAUGGGUAGCCCGACACCGCCGGACUCCGACGAGUCGGAUUACGAGUCGGGCGAGCUCUCCCCGGAGACCCACGCGGUGUUGGCAUACACCGCCUCUUCGACGCAGGCGGCGGCCCACAGGACGCUCUGGGCCCCAGCCACGCAGGCCAAUGUCGCAUCGACAUCCCUGCUCUGGUCCCCUCCCCGGCGCGCUAACGAUAGCCCUGUUUCGGCCUUUGCUCUCAAUUUGCUGGUCACGAGCAGCGGAGCUCGUGCGCUUCCCCGCAAAGCUGACGGGCCCCUGGCUAUCCAGUCCAACAAGCUUUGGCAGCAGUCGCGGACCGCCACUAAGCGCUACUCUACGGGCCUUUGGCAGUCAUGCUAUGCUCCCGCCCAGCCCUCGUCAUUUCUCGCGCCUAGCCAGGUCCAACAGCACCAGCAGGCUCAGCCCAAGAAGCAGGUCCCGGCUCGAUCGUCGACACUAAAGCCACCCCGACGCACUCGGCGCAUUACCGUUCUACCGGACAUUCUCGAGAACCCCCAACCGCUUCCGGACAGGAGAGGCACCCUUGGCAUCUUCCAGUUCCCCUGGGGCGAGAAGUCGGACUCGGCUACCGUCCAGCAGCCUAGACAAACCAUGUUCGCCAUGCCCGGCACCAUGACCUCGGGCGGCGGCCCUGCCAUCAGCGCCGCCCUCGAGGCCCGCUCGAGGCAGUUCGAGGCGGCCGAAUACUCGUCUUCCUUCUUUGACGACUACGACGACGAGGACCUGCAGGACUCUGACGACGACAUCAUCGAAGAGGAGGACUCUGGAGACGACUUUGACGAGACUACUCUGUGGGAGAUCGCCAGCCUUCUCAAGACGGACAACAUCCCCUCCAAGAACAGGGCUGUCCCGCGCACGGUUGACGCCACCAGCUCCGUGGUCGACGACUACAUGGACGACGCCUCGGACCUGGAGGAGGCCGACGAGGCCCGCGAAUCCAUCAUUGUUGGUCUCGAGGGUAUGCUCCCUGUCACACAGCAGAUGGAGGCGACCGAGGACCAGCAGGCGGAUAUUCUGGCCCAGCAGCUUGCAAUCAGCCAGCUCUGGACCGCCGCCCGCGAGGAGAAGCGCCGCAGUCAGCACGGCCUCGGCCUGCCCCACCCCGACACCGACACCUGGAGACAGUACGACACCGUCUCGGACACUCUCCGGUCGCAGCCGCGCCAGUCGGACAUGGCGCCCAUCGAGAGUGACGAGCUGUGGCAGCCCACUGGACAACAGCAACAGCAGAAGAAGAUGAAGGACAAGGAGGUGGCUGUCCUGCUCUGGUCUGCCCGCAACAGGGUUACCAAGACCCGGGGCGAACACGGGCAUGGUGUUGCCCAGCCCGACGCUGCCACCUGGAGCCUCUACGACACCAUCCGUGAGACUAUCAGGGCGCUCCCCAGGAAGUCUGAGCUUACUCGCAUCGAGAGCGACAAGCUCUGGCAGCCUGCGGGCCAACAGAAGGAAGCGCAAAAGGCGCUGCCGACGCUGACGGAGACCGCUUUCAUGUGGUCGGCGCGCCCGGCCCCCAAGGCCAGAGGUGACCACGGAAAGGGCAUCGCCCAGCCUGACGCGACCACAUGGAGUCUCUAUGAUAACGUCAAGGAGACGAUCCGGGCGCUUCCCAGGCGUUCUGAGCUAGCUUCGAUCGAAAGUGGCGAGCUUUGGCAGCCUGUCGGUCGGCAGAAGGUGGCGAAGCCGGCGCAGCCGGGGGCAGCAAAGGCGGCCCAGAUGUGGUCGGUGCGCCCGGCUCCCAAGGCCAGGGGUGACCAUGGAAAGGGCGUUGCCCAACCCGACGAGGAGACGUGGAACCGCUACGACACCGUCAAGGAGACUAUCCGGGCCCUGCCUCGCCAAUCGGAGCUCGUGCCCGUUGAGAGCGACGAGCUCUGGCAGCCCCUGGCGAAGCGGGUGAAGACCCAACAGACCAAAUCCGCCAAGAUCACCAUGAUGUGGUCCGCUCGCCCUGCUACCAAGGCGAGGGGAGAUCACUCCAAGGGUGUUGCCUACCCCGAUGCUGCGACCUGGAGCCUUUAUGACACCGUUAAGGAGACGGCCCGGGCUCUGCCUCGUCAAUCGGAGCUUUUGCCCGUCGAGAGUAAUGAGCUCUGGCAGUCUCGCCCCGCCAACGCUCACCAAAACUGGAACUGGAUCCAAAGCGCCAAGCACGUCCAAACGGCGGCUCAGCCCGUCGCGAUGUGGUCAGCCCGUCUUGCCACUACGGCCAAGGGCAAACACUCGGUGGGUGUUGCUUACCCCGACGUAACAACCUGGAGCCUGUACGAUACUGUUAAGCAGACGGCUCGGGCUCUGCCUCGCCAGUCGGAGCUCCUCCCAGUCGAGAGCAACCAGCUUUGGCAGUCUCGCCUUACCAAUGCUCGGCAAGAGCGGAACUGGAUCGAGGACGCCGAGCAGACCAAGAUGGCAGUUCAGCACGUCCCGAUGUGGACGGCCGCCACAGCCGUUGCCAAGGUCAGGGGCGAGCACGGAAAGGGCCUCGCGCAGCCGGAUGCUGUUACCUGGGCAAUGUACGACGUCGUCCGCCAGACGGCCAGGUCCCAGCCUCGCCAGUCGGAGUUGAUGCCAGUUGAGAGCAACCAGCUUUGGCAAUCUCGUCCCGUCAACGCUCAUCAACAAAACUGGAUCGCGGGCGUUAAGCAGGUCAAGAUUGCGGCCCAGCCCGUUUCGAUGUGGACUGCUGCAACGGUCACGCCUGUCAUUAGGGGCGAGCACGGAAAGGGUGUCGCCCAGCCCGACGCUGCGACCUGGAGCCUCUACAACACCGUCUUUGAAACGGCCAGGUCCCAGCCCCGCCAGUCGGACGAGCCGCUCGUUAUUGAGAGCAGCCGGUUCUGGCAGCCCUCCAGCCAAGCCAAGGAGACCCCGGUCUGGAUCCUCGCUGGCAGCCAGGACCAGGCGAAGCCUGCGGCUGCCUCCAUGGUGGUCCAAGAGGAGAAGACUGUUCCCCUCUGGUCUGCUAGCGCCGCUUUCUCGCGCAGCAAGGGCGACCACGGCAAGGGCGUCGCUCACCCGGACGCUGCUACCUGGGCGCUGUACGACACUGUCCGCGAGACUGCGCGGUCGAAGCCUCGCCAGUCGGAGGAGCCUCUGCCCAUCCAGACCGAUCGCCUCUGGCAGCCCGCUAGCCUCAUCCAGACCGCGACGGCACUGAUGUGGACUGCCUCGGCCAAGGCGGCCAAGUCGCACAGCAAGGGACUUCCCCAGCCCGACGAGGCCACCUGGCGCCAAUAUGACGUGGUCAAGGAAACUGCCAGGGCCAAGGCACGCCCGGCCGAGCCUGCUACUAUUGAAAGCACUCGCAUGUGGACCUCGACCCCUCCCGAGUCCCCCAAGGAGGCCGUUGACUGGAGCAUGGCGGGCACCAUGGCCAAGACACCCGCUUCCCCCGUCUCGCUCCCCUCGCCCGUCUCCAUCUCGAGCGUCGACACCAAUGAGCAGGCCAAGACCAGCCUCUGGAUCGCAGCUACCCCCGUCGUCGCUCCCGUGGCCACGACCGGUCUCUUCCAGCUCCAGCCCAAGGUCUCUGACACCAGGUCGACAUCGGAGAGCCCCGCCGCCAUCAGCAUGGUGCGCAAGGCUCGCUCCCCCGAGCUCAAGGCCCUCGACAAGAUCACAUCCACUGAUCUCUGGGUUGCCGCCACCUCUACCAAGGUCGAGCGCAACUGGAUGUCAAUCCCGCAGACCUCCACCCCCAAAGGGUCGUCCUCGCCCAAGGCCACCCGCGUCCCUGUCAUGAAGGCCACCGCGGCCGACUGGAGCCUCGCAGUCCAGCAGGCUGCCAACGCGAGCUACCCGCCCGAGUGGACGCCAAGGUGGGCUGCUUCAGGCAGCGAGUGGGCCGCGGCUCUUGAGCAGGCCGUUGCCGCAAGCUGCUUCCCUCCCAUGGCCGAGCGGCAACAGGCGGCGGCCCCCCGGCGGUCGGCCACUGCCGCCGAUUGGGCUCUUGCUCUUUCGCAGGCUGUCGGCGCAAGCUACCCUCCCGAGUGGAUGCCCAGGUGGACGGCUUCGGCCGCUGAAUGGAAUGCCGCCCUGGAGCAGGUCGUGACUGCCAGCGCCUACCCCACGGUUGUUGAGUCGCAGAAGGUCGCAUCCCGGCCGUCUGCGACCCCUGCCGACUGGGCCCUCGCCGCUCAGCAGGCCACUCUCUCGAGCUACCCUCCCGAGUGGAUGCCCCGCUGGGCUGCGUCUGCCGCUGAGUGGAACGCCGCCGUCACGGCGGCCGAGGCUGCCAGCUUCCCAGCUGUCGAGACCUCGGAGCCCGAGCCCGUGGUCGAGUCCGCGUCUACGCGGGCCAUGAUUACCCCUGAGCCUUCGGUCAGCAGCGAGAUCUCUGGAGCGCACGAGGCUUUCUCCUUUGUGCAAGAGACCUAUGAGCCCCAGCCGAUCCAGGAGUACGCCAUGCCCCAGACCACCAACAGCUACGAGCAGUAUCAAUCAUACGCCGUGGCCGACCAGAGCAUGUACCAGCAGCAGUUCCAGGGCUACGGCACUCCGUACCAGAACCUCGGCUACGCCAUGCCCCAGCAGCAGGCCUCGUACGGCUUCUCCGGAUACGCCGUGCCCGCGACCAACGCGAUCAACUACGACUACAACCACGGCUUCGACCAGAAUAUGGCCGCUGCCUUGAUCGAGGAGCCGGCGGCGCCGCAGCAGCCGCAGGAGCAGGAUGCCUUCAUCAUGGCGCAGAUCGAGGCUCUGGAGCAGGAGAGGCUGUUCACCGAACAGAUGCUGAGCCGUCCCCAGGGCAUGGGCGAAGCCGUCGUGGAGACCCCCGACCAGGCCCCGCAGUCGAUGGCGCCGGUGCCCCUCGGCUUCCUGCAGCCCAUGCCGCUGCAACAGGAGAAGCCCCAGGCCCAGGCCGUCGCCCCCACCGCCCCCGUCACUCCUGAGACUGACGACUCUCCGGCGCCCAGGGGCAACCGCGUCACGCUUCUGUACUAAACAGGGGCGCUGAUGAUGAACUUUAUCUUCUUCUUACCCACCUUUUCUUUUUAUCCUUCUACUAGUCUGGCGAACAGCCGAAAAAAAAACCCACCAAACCCCGGUAUGGGGGAUGGGAUGAGAGCGACGGAGCAGGAACUGCAAGCAAGGGAAAUAUGUAUUUUUGCGUAUCUGACGCAGCCCCCGGCUCAUACAUCGGAGUCUUCUUGGGCGAUGGCCUUGACGAGGCGGAUGUCAAGUCCCUGUACAAAACUUCAGCCACAGCAUUUUGUCCUUUUUUUUUAUGAAUUUCUUUUUGUAUGCGUCAUCCAGCUUGUUUUCUUCUUUUGCUUUCGAAAAUUGAAACACACACAUAUGUAGUGGUAGCUACCCACCAAAUCCUUACUAUUUUCUAGCCACGAACUUUUGCCUAGGCCCUCUACGUGUUUUAUGUUUCCAUGCCGACGACCGCGGCUGGCAGUGCUUCGUGGCGGCAGUGG